AUUACUUUAUGUGUCUGUUUGUUGAUCAACAGGUUUUGGAUUUUCUACUCUAUAGUACUAGGCAUAAUGAAAGUAUUAUUUUCCAUAGGCAUAAUGAAUAAUUUCCCACUUUGUUAUGACACUGUUUUUUAAGUGCUGCCAGGUGUCUAUUUGUAAGUUAAUUUAGGUGAUUCAGACUAAAUGAUGAUAAAGAUGAUAUGCAUAUCUUAUUCUUAUUUUGUGGCCACUGCUUUUGUACCUCAUUGCCAGCCUUUUUGCAACGCCAGGAUGUCAACCAAGACUGCUUUUUUUUAUUACUCUAGACAUGACACGGUGUGGAGUGAACAAGGAAAACCUACCAGCCCUCAUCUUCCACACACCAUCCACCACAUCUGGACAUCUUGUCAUAACAACAAAAGCAGGAAAUGGAAACAUGCAGAUCCAGGGAAAGGAAGUCAAACACCAUGAUGUUAUAGCAGCCAUUGAAAAAUCACAAACCAGUGCACCUGCCCAGCGCAGCCCCCGGCGGGUGGUGGACCCCAUCAGCAGCUCCCAGCGCAGACCCCAGCAGCAGCCCACAGCGCAGCCCCAGGCGGGUGUUGGACCCCAGCAGCAGCCCACAGCGCAGCCCCAGGCGGGUGUUGGACCCCAGCAGCAGCUCCCAGCACAGUCCCCGGCAGUUGGUGGACCCCAUCAACAGCUCCCAGCACAGUCCCCGGCAGGUGCUGGACCCCAUCAACAGCUCCCAGCGCAGCCCCAGGCGGGUGUUGGACCCCAGCAGCAGCUCCCAUCACAGUCCCCGGCAGGUGUUGGACCCCAGCAGCAGCUCCCAGCACAGUCCCCGGCAGGUGCUGGACCCCAUCAACAGCUCCCAGCGCAGCCCCAGGCGGGUGUUGGACCCCAACAGCAGCUCCCAGCACAGUCCCCGGCAGGUGCUGGGCCCCAUCAACAGCUCCCAGCGCAGCCCCAGGCGGGUGUUGGACCCCAGCAGCAGCUCCCAGCGCAGCCCCAGGCAGGUGUUGGACCCCAGCAGGAGCUCCCAGCACAGUCCCAGGCAGGUGUUGGACCCCAGCAGCAGCUCCCAACGCAGCCCCAGGCGGGUGUUGGACCCCAGCAGCAGCUCCCAGCACAGUCCCCGGCAGGUGUUGGACCCCAGCAGGAGCUCCCAGCACAGUCCCAGGCGGGUGUUGGACCCCAGCAGCAGCUCCCAGCACAGUUCCUGGCAGGUGUUGGACCCCAUCAACAGCUCCCAGCACAGUCCCCGGCAGGUGUUGGACCCCAUCAACAGCUCCCAGCGCAGCCCCAGGCAGGUGUUGGACCCCAGCAACAGCUCCCAGCGCAGCCCCAGGCGGGUGUUGGACCCCAGCAGCAGCUCCCAGCGCAGCCCCAGGCAGGUGUUGGACCCCAGCAGGAGCUCCCAGCACAGUCCCAGGCAGGUGUUGGACCCCAGCAGCAGCUCCCAACGCAGCCCCAGGCGGGUGUUGGACCCCAGCAGCAGCUCCCAGCACAGUCCCCGGCAGGUGUUGGACCCCAGCAGGAGCUCCCAGCACAGUCCCAGGCGGGUGUUGGACCCCAGCAGCAGCUCCCAGCACAGUUCCUGGCAGGUGUUGGACCCCAUCAGCAGCUCCCAGCACAGUCCCCGGCAGGUGUUGGACCCCAGCAGCAGCUCCCAGCGCAGCCCCAGGCGGGUGUUGGACCCCAGCAGGAGCUCCCAGCACAGUCCCAGGCAGGUGUUGGACCCCAGCAGCAGCUCCCAGCGCAGCCCCAGGCGGGUGUUGGACCCCAGCAGCAGCUCCCAUCACAGUCCCCGGCAGGUGUUGGACCCCAGCAGGAGCUCCCAGCACAGUCCCAGGCGGGUGUUGGACCCCAGCAGCAGCUCCCAGCGCAGCCCCAGGCAGGUGGUGGACCCCAGCAGCAGCUCCAAGCGCAGGGUCAGGCGGGUGGACCCGCCCCCACAACAAGCAUACCCCUGCUGUACCAGGUGCUGACACAUGCACGGGCACGGAUGUUAGUGCCUGCACGUGUGCCUGCACAUGUGCCUCGGCAUUAUUUCCAUCCAUACAUGAUGAUGAGGCAGCCCAGGUUCCAUAGGGGUCCUAGGGGACCACAAUAGAUUUUUUUCUUUUGCCAUAGGUUUUUUUAAACUAACAGGUCAUUUUUGUACGAAGGGAUUAUUUUUUUACUGUUCGACAAGGGCAGAAAUGUUUUGGUUUUUUUUUGGUUUAUGUUGAGUUUAUGGCAGCCCAAAUUCAUUAUCAUAUAGCCUACGCAAGCACCAAAACUUGCUUACCUCGAAUUCUCAGUCGCACUUCCGUCGACAUUCUUCAGGAGUGAUGAUUCAGUUACUCUGAUCACGUGAUUCUAGCUAAGAAUCAUAAAUGUCUGGCGGGUGAUAUCGGCCCCGUCUCUGUUGAGUGUCGGCUGAUGUGCUCUAAUGAAGAUGGCCUCCUUUACCCCCCUCGCGAAGUAAUCCGGGCAGUCAUUUUGGAUUUGUUGCUAGAAUCACGUGUCUCUUAGUCACGUGAUAGGAGUAACAGAAUCCACACUCCUGAAGAAGGUCAGCGGAAGGGCGACUAAAAAUUCUAGGUAAGCAAAGUUUUGUGUUGUAAGACAGUGGAAAUCUUCAAUAUGUACUACAUCAACACAGAUGAGCUUUCAUGCUAAGAUUUUUUUUCCUUUUGCCAUAGGUUUUUUUUAAACCAACAGGCCAUUUUUGUACGAAGGGAGUACAUUUUUUAGAGGAAGAGUUUAUGCCAGGUUAAUCCAGCACCCGUUCUUGUUAAACUUUGGCACCAGUUGUAUUUAUUGUUUAUUUUUAAAGUUUAUACAUCAUGGAAUAUUGAUGAAAGAGUUUUAUUUAACA